UGGAGGAAGCGGCGGCGGCGGCCACGAUGAGUGCGGGCGACGCCGUGUGCACGGGCUGGCUCGUCAAGUCGCCCCCCGAGAGGAAGCUGCAGCGCUACGCCUGGCGCAAGCGCUGGUUUGUCCUCCGGCGGGGCCGCAUGAGCGGCAACCCCGACGUCCUGGAGUACUACAGGAACAAGCACUCGAGCAAGCCCAUCCGCGUGAUUGACCUCAGCGAGUGUGCCGUGUGGAAGCACGUGGGCCCUGGCUUCGUCCGCAAGGAAUUUCAGAAUAACUUCGUGUUCAUUGUCAAGACUACGUCUCGUACAUUUUAUCUGGUGGCCAAGACCGAGGUAGAAAUGCUGGUGUGGGUGUACAGCAUCAGUCAGGUCUGCAACCUCGGCCACCUGGAGGAUGGUGCAGCAGCCCCCGCGGAGCGCUGGCCUGGGCCGCCCGCCUCCCUGCAGCCGCCGGCCGGGCCCCCCCCCGCGCCGCCCCCCGCGCCCCCCCCCGCCGCCCGCGCGCUGGGCGCCUCCUUGCCGAGGGGCGAGCUCCGCGGAGCGGCCGACGACAGCCGGAGCGAGGCCGACUUUCUGUCCCUUCCCGAUUACCUGGUCCUGUCCCACUGCGAGAGCGGACGGCCGCGCCACGCCAGCCUGCCCUCCAGGUGCGACAGCUGGCCCCACGCGGAGCGCCCCCCGGAGCCCACGUCGUGCGACGACGUGUUCGUGGCCUGCGCGCCCCCCCCGCGCUCCUCCCCGCGCCCCGACGGCUCGGCCCGCGCGCCCAGGGAGCCGGACCCCGCGCCCCGCACGCCGCCCCCGCGCCCCCCGAAGCCGAGCCACCUGUCCGAGCGGCGCCAGGACGCGCAGCCCGAGGGCGCGGCGGCGUCCAGAAGAGUCUCCCUGUCCGGCCUGGACAACGUGAGGACCCGGAGAGGUAAGGCGGGUCCCCGCCGCCGCCACCUCCGCAGUCCCGGGACCCCGCCGGGGACACACGCUGGCAUCGCCACCUCCGUUCAGCCCGGUGCCAGGCUCGGCUGUCGCGUGGCCCGCAGCUCUCUCAGUUGCCGGCCAUCCCCCCGCCCCGCACGUCCUCGCCACUGUUAG